GUCCAUUUCUUUUCUUGUCCGACGCGACUGCGCCUACGACUGCGACGUCAAUUGUCCUCCGCCCCCCUCUCUAUCUCAACGAGCUUGCUUCAGUUCCUCACCUUGAUGAAUACAGCGCAUCGCAAGGAACCGUAACCAUGGCGAUCAUAUCAGCGAAAACAAUCAUUACCUCCCUCUCCCUCUUCCAUGUCACCCUCGCAUACUUCUUUCUGACGAACCCGGCGACCAUCGCAGACCAGGCGAUGGUGUACGUGCUGGGCGAGUCGAUGGGCAUGCCCCAUGCGCGAAGCUUCGAAAACAGGUCUCCCGCCCUCGCUUUCCUCGCUGCUGUGCUGGGAAUACUAGGCAUCAGCGACCUCGUUACCCUCAGCAUGCCCGAAGAAGUCUGGUUGGUCUACCACUGGGGAACACAGGCACCGACUCGUAUGGUCAUGUCCUUCGGUUUUGUCCUCUACACCUUCCUCUUCGGCCCUUCAUCCCCCCUUUAUGGCGGAACCUCGAAAGGCGGCAGUCGCUUCGCCCAUCCCUCCGUCCAGUCGAACAAUCCGCGCUAUACACCUUCGACUUGGGGCGGCGACGGCCUCAAGAACCGUGUUUUCUUAACCUUUGCCUUCCUCGAGAUGCUGUGCUGGUUCUGGGUCUGGAUGACCCUGCGCGAGGAGCAGGAAGAGUUCCAGCGUAAGAACCAACACAAGAGGAGAGGAAGUCAGUCGGGGUACAACUGAGCAACAGGCUUGUCAAGUGCACUAAGCCGUUCGAUGGAGGUUCUGAAGGCGUCGCAUUCACCCAACCACAGGAGCGAUCAGACGAAUAUGCUUCCGCCCUACCGGAAGGCUCGGGCCGCUUGCGUGGCCCCUUUAGCAUUGCGUGGAGUUUUGGGAUGGCAGGCGCUACGAAAAAGGGCAUACUCGGCGUAAUAAUCAUUUGAUGUGCGACAUGACGGUUUUCUAUUUUUGGGCUCCCGAGCUUAUGAUUGAUAGCCUCCUACUCUAGGUAACUUGAAACAAAAACAAUGAGUUGGUAUGGGCUACAUCAUGAAUGAAAUGAGGCGUCUACUCCCAUCGCACCGAUUCCCAACCCUUCACGUUCGUUCGCCAGCUGUCGGUCACCCGCUGUGACCAAACACCAACGUGAGAACCUGCCACCUCGCGUAUCUGUUUCGACAAGUCGUCCCCAGAAUCUGUCUCAAACGUCCAAGAGCUCAGUUUCGCAUUCAGCGUGUUGCUUUCCUGCUUUAGGAGAGCCACCCGUGCCUUGCCUUCCGUGAAGGCAGUGCUAGCCGCGGCCUCGAGAGCCUUGACUCGCGCCACCACGUCCUUGGGCACGUUACUCUGCCCGGAGCGGUCCCUCUCCUUCUCACGGUCAUUGAAAGUCACUAUGUAAGACGUCGCCAGCUUCACGGCGGCGGCAGCGUCGCGAAGAAUCGACAGACCGUGGAGUGAGCCCAGCAUCAUUAGCGUCUUAGACUCUUCUGCAUCAGCUGGCGUCGAUAGUGCUUGCGCGCGAAGGACCUCGAGGCCAGACUUGAUCGCGGACACAAUGCUUGCCAGAAGCUCGGGAGGUGGUGGGCUGCGACUGGCGGAGACGGAGAGGGGGAUCAGGGUGGUCAGAAGUGAAAUGACUUCGUAGAAGGUUUCCUCCUGUUGAGUGAGAUUCUUUUCGCGAGCGUGGAGGAAUCUGCUGAAGGUAUUGCCCAGCCUCUGAAGUGAUUCCAGGACGAAGGUCAGCUCUGCCGCGGCCGUCUGCGCAACGUUGGCCACUUUGUAAGACGAUGCGGGCUUGAAGGUCAUGACCUCGAAGAACCUUUCUGCGGCGAGGGCCAAGUGGGAACGCAGGUUCUGGUUGAGACGUUAGAAAUGGUACCUAGUACAAUGGGAGGG